UUAUGGUUCACCAGCUGAAAGGGACCAAUUUGCAACCACUUCAACGGAAACUUGGGGAAGGUGAGAAAAGAGGAUACAAGCCCCUUGUGGAUUUCAAUAGCAAAUGGUUGUGAGGGUAGAAGUGAAGCAAGGAUGCCGAGUGUAUGACUUUGGAGAUUUGAAUUUCACUCAAGUUCCCAAUGAUGAACUGUACAACAACCUGGUUUUAUACCCACGAUCAGUGGGCUUAGCCGGUCAGGUGGUGGCUGAUGCUGUGAGCAGAGCUGUAGCUGCUGGACAUAGCUGUGUGACUAUAGGAGGUGAUCACAGCUUGGCGGUUGGUUCUGUCAGUGGCCAUGCACGGCAGUGCCCGCACCUUGGUGUGAUCUGGGUAGAUGCUCAUGCUGAUAUCAACACCCCUCUUACAACUCAGUCUGGAAACCUCCAUGGACAACCGGUUUCAUUUCUCUUGCGAGAGCUCCAAGAUAAAGUACCACAACUUCCUGGCUUUUCCUGGCUAAAGCCCUGCCUUUCAGCAACUGAUAUUGUGUACAUUGGCUUGAGGGAUGUGGAGCCUGCUGAAUAUUAUAUUUUGAAGAACUAUGACAUCCAAUAUUUCUCCAUGAGGGAGAUCGAUCGCCUUGGAAUUCAAAAAGUUAUGGAAAGGACAUUUGAGCAACUGAUGGGCAGGAGGCAGAGACCAAUUCACCUCAGUUUUGACAUUGAUGCUUUUGAUCCCUCACUGGCUCCAGCAACUGGGACUCCUGUUCUAGGUGGACUAACUUACAGAGAAGGCAUGUACAUCACAGAGGAAAUAUACAGCACAGGAAUGCUUUCAGCUGUGGACAUGGUAGAAGUCAAUCCACUGCUUGGUGCUUCUCAAGGGGAGGUGAAUGCAACUGCUAGUCUUGCAGUAGACGUGAUAGCAGCGUGCUUUGGGCAAACAAGGGAAGGGGCACACAUUGCUUUUGAUGAACUCCCAACACCCAGUUCUCCAGAUGAAUCUGACAGAAAAGAGCAAGUGAGGAUUUAAGAGCCCAAAGCAUGGGUACAUUGGACAUUAAAGAGCUCGGCUGAGGCACCUGAGUGAAUAGAUUGACUGUCAAAACUUGAUAAAUUCUGUACCAUCUUAAUUUUUAAAUAAACUAGCUUUUUCACUUGA